CAAUAAUAUAGAAACUCUUCUUUGCAGACUGAACAGCUGUGACGUCACAGAGAAGUCCUGUGAAAUUGUGGCCUCAGCUCUACAGUCAUCAAACUCACCCCUGAAAGAUCUGGACCUCAGCUACAAUAACCUGGGAGAUUCAGGAGUGAAGCUGCUCUGUGCUGGACUGAUGAGUUCAAACUGUAAACUACAGAGACUGGGGCUGGGUUGGUGUAAUCUCACAGAGGGCUGCUGUGAUGUUCUGGCCUCAGUCCUGCAUUCACCUCACUCAGAGCUGAGAGAUCUGGAGCUCAGAGACAACGAGCUGCAGGAUUCAGGAGUGAGAGCGCUCUCUGCUGGACUGGAGGACCCACACUGUAAACUGCAGAGACUGGGGCUGUCAGGCUGUAGAGUCACACAGAGAGGCUGUGAUUCUCUGGCUUCAGGUCUGUGUUCAAACCCCUCACACCUGAGAGAGCUGAACCUGAGAUACAAUCACCCAGGAGACUCAGGAGUGAGAGCGCUGUCUGCUGCUAAACUGGACACACUCACAUUGCUUGUGGAUCAUGGAGGAGAGAACACGACAGAACUUGGGCCCAGGAAAUACGGCUGUCAGCUCACACUGGAUCCAAACACAGCGCACAGAGAGCUGUCUCUGUCUGAGGGGAACAGGAAGGUGACACACACGCUGGGGAGAGAGGAACAGCCAUAUCCGGAUCAUCUUGAGAGAUUUGAUUACUGGUUCCAGAUUGUGUGCAGAGAGAGUGUGUGUGAGCGCUGUUACUGGGAGGCUGAGUGGAGUGUGUCUGAGCAGGGAGGGGUUCAUAUAGCAGUGACAUAUAAAGGAAUCAGCAGGAAAGGAGAUGAUUCUGAAUGUGGGUUUGGAUACAAUAAAAACUCCUGGGGUCUGAGGUGCAUUAAAGACAGUUACAUUGUCUGCCACAAUAAGAACCCAAAACUUAUACCUGUCGCACCCUCCCCCAACCGCAGAGCAGGAGUGUGUGGUGAUGAUGAUGAUGAUGGUGGUAGAGGAGUGUGUGUGUACAGGGUAGGAGUGUGUGUGGACCGUCCGGCCGGCACUCUAUCCUUCUACAGUGUCUCUGAAUCGGACACACUGACCCUCCUGCACAGAUUCCACACACACUUCACUGAACACACUCCCCUCUGUGCUGGAUUCAGAAUGUAUGACUCCUCAGUGUCCCUCUGUCAUCUGAAGUAGAGACACACACACACACCACACACGCUCACACACACACACACACACACACAAACAUACACCCACACUCACGCACGCACACUUGUACACAUAGGGCAAAGUUACUUGUAAGAAAUUAGAAAACCUUGGGUAGCAUUGCUGUGGAAUACAGCUUGUUUCAUUUGUCUGAGCUUAGAUAGACGAUAUUGUUGCUUAUACAACAGCUUGGCUGAAUACUCGAUUCUGAUUGGUCCAAGGAUGGGCAUUAAUUCUCAGUAAAGGGACACCUUGGCCUUUUAACAGUUCUAAAAUCAAUGCCCUACAAAAUCCAGCAUUCUAAAGCAGUUAAAACUGCAAAAUUAUUCUUUCGAUUUUUAAUUGUUGUUACGUCCCCUCCCCUUUUCAAUGUCCAAUUUCGCAAUUGAUGGCAACAUUAAAUCACAGUUGUAGUUACUGGCUUCAUUUCGGGCUGCCAACCAUCCCGCAAAAUACUGAAUCGUCCCUUAUUUGGACAGUAGAUGACUCAUGGCUACAGGACGCAUUUUCUUCUGUAUCUUUGUUAACGAUUGCGUUUAUAGUAACCACUGUUUUGAAUAUAAUUCAGCAGUUAGCUAGCUAGCUAGUCGGGAUAAAAAGCAUGUCGUGAGACCAUUCUGACCCAAAACCCAGCUGAAUUUUAAUAUUGGCUAGGUGACAAGUGACGGCGAACUUAUCAUAAAGCUAGCUGGCAUUCAAACCCGGUUUCAGAGUGUCUUGGAAAAACGCUAUGUCUACACUGCGAGACUGCACCAUUUUAAAACGCAAGACAGUGCUAGGGAGAUUAAUUUGAUUGAGUUAUGGUUUCAUGUAGUUUUCUUAAAUAAUGUAAUGAGCAAAAUUGGUGCUAAUUGUAUGGUAUAAAACAAUAAGGAACUAUUUUUCUUUUUUUGCUUAACAACGGUGCAAAUAGAACUACCAACCAAAGUUUUUGCAUAACAACAGUCCAAAUAGAAGUACCAACGACAGUUUUGCUUGACAAUGGCAAAAUAAUAUGCCCAAACGGCCACGGAAGAAUAUUUAAGUUUCAGGUGAUUAAGUCAAUAAAAAUCAAUACAUAUUAAAGUAACCAUAUAUAGGCAUUGUUGGUAACCCGUUGUAUAAGUGGAAUAAACCCCUCCGGGCUGUCCCGUUAUUGGAAAAUAAUGUACUUUGCUUU